AUGUCAAUCAAUGUCAACCCGUCUGCGCCUCGUCGGGUCAUCCAGUCUCUUUCUUUCGAAUGGCAACUGGCCUGUCUGCGUCUCUUCGGUCGGCACUCUCUCUCGCCGUCCGUCCGCCUGUCUGUCAAGCCGAAGAAGGGGCGAGCAGACACGAGAAGCGACGACGACGACGACAACGACGACACCGAAUUCAUCAGGGCCACACCACCAAUUUUUGAUAUGCGCCGUCGUCCAGUGACUGCCGCUGUUGCCGCCGCCGCCGCUCCUCUCGCCUCUCUUCUUCAGACGACGGUCAUCACGAAGGUGGGCCCCGAAGACCGAGUGUUUGCAGCCGAGACUGUUGUCUGACUACCCCUCCACCCGGGGGACGAACUGUCAUAUUCAAUGUGUCACCUGUCAGUUUGCUGGCUGCUCUUUCUGUCGAAGCACGCAAAUACGUGCCUUCCUUCCUCACCCACCAAUAUUUAUCCUUCUCCUCACUAUCACUCACUCCGCCCAGACAGAAAACCGUAACUUUUCACGCGGCUCAACGUCGUCAUGGAAUCCGAAUUCAGCGUUCCGCCCGCCCCUUCUCACUUCUGAUUUGUCUCGUUCUCGCUCGUUGUAAGAAAUUCUCUGAAAAUGGAAGAGAAGGUCACUUCGGGAGAGAAAAAGAGAGAGAUCGAAAAAAAACUUAUCAAAAGGGAACUGUCAUCCCGCAUCAAACGGUUUCAGUUCAAAUGUUCCUCUACGACUUCCUUCUCCAUUCCCCCAUUUCUCUAUUUUCUUUCUAUUUAGGGAUGGACCAGAUAAUGGCGAUGGUGAAGACGGUGAGCGGUGCUUCCCCCGCCAGGAAUCCGUUCGAGGGGGAACUUCGUAUGGAGGUCAAGACCGAGCAAGGCUAGUGGAUGAGUCAUAUUUUGUUUUGAAAAGAAAAAGAAAGAGUUUUGAAAAGAAAACGAAAGCGGAAAGAGAAAUAGAAACACCAAUUAAGUUUGUCCGCAAUUAUGUCUGCGUCCCUGCUUGACAAGCGAGUAAAACGGAAGGAAGCGACGUCUUCUUCUUCCAGAUUCGAUGCUCUCCCAAGUGUUUCCCCAUCUGAGCACUUCGAGCGAAUCGACCAGCGAAGAUCACAUGUCAUUCGACUAUUCAGACGCGUGAGUCAUUCCAUAAACAAGAACAUUCCGAACGAGAUAUCAUUUAAGAGAAGGCAUGGGAGACGGAAGGUCACAGCAGCUGCCUUUCCGUCAUUUCGUCGGAGAUCCACGCGAGAAGAAGCUCCAGGAGAAGAUUGAGUUCGUGAAGAUCGUCCUGAAACACAAGAGUUCUCUGUUUGGCGACUGCGACGGACACGAGGUUUGUGCCCUUUCCGACCUGUCACUUCUCCAUUUAAUCACUUUCAGAUAACGCCCCGGUCGAAAGAAGAUGCGUGGAAACGAGUGGCCGCCGAAGUGGAAUCGGCCAGUCUGGAGAGUUACCGAGGGAAGCCAUGGGCACGGCUGAGGGACCACGACUGGCAGUACGUGCGGAGACACGCACUCUCCAGGAGUGAGAAUUCGAACCGACCGUGCGGGAAGCUGGGAGAACUCGACAAAAUUGUCCUGGAAAUCAUUUCGACGACGGCUCUUGCCAACGCAGUCAACCAGGCCUCCAACUCCCUGAUGUCUCAGGGAUCCACCAACUCUCACACUUCGCAGCAAUCGACUGACAGUGUGGAAAUCUGGAAGAGUCUGCUCAGUUCUGUGAACCAGGAUAGCACGGACACUCCGGUAAGUCCCUCUUCUUGCUUCCCAUUCUCAUUCUAAGAAUUAGCUUCAGGAAAUCGGGACGAGCUUCGAUGCCAAAGACGAUGUGUUCUGUUCGAAAACAGAAGACGUCUCAGUUAACACUUCAGUCCUCGCGGUACCUGUUCCAGUCCCUCCGGUCACCGGAACUACCGAGAACAUCCUCGAUUAUCUGCAGAAAGUGACCCACGUCUCUCCGAGUCUCACAGUCGACGCCGCCAUCCAAUCCGUCUCUCGAGCACUCACAAAGUCGCCCAUCGCCAAGUGAGUCACUGCCCGAAUUCAGAGAUCACGUCUGUAAUUCCAGGAAGAUGACAUCCCGUUCUGCGACGGCGCCGUCCGUCUACGCCAUCACCUCAUCCACUGCCUCGCCUCCGCAGAUCGCCACAACGUCGUCCAUCCAGCCGCCGCCAGCCAAACGGCAGCGGAUCGAGUCGGAGAAGUUAGACACUCUUCCACGAACUAGACAUAAAAUAUUCAUAAUAUUUGUUCAGAAGUCCUUGCGCUUCUUCGGUGACGUCAAGUUUCGAACAGAAACGGGAAACUCUGACGCUUCGGAAGAUGGAGGUGGACAUCCGACACACCGAACUGCUCAAUGAAAAACUUGAACUGCAAGUGCAACCCUACCAAAACCGCCGCUAACAUUCCGUUAUAGAGAAAUCCGUGCAAUCGAAGCCCAAGAGAAGCGAGCACAAGAAUUGCACGCGAUCGAAGUGCGCGCGGCGAAGGCCAGAAUGCUUCGUGGAGCGGCGAUUGACGAGCCGUCCAUCGAAUCGAACCAGCGGGUUUUAGUCCGUCAACCGAACGGGUACAACUUGGAAUAG